AGAGAUCCAUGGCAGAUAAAAGCCCAGAACUAGAAACCCUAACCAUGAACAUGAAACUUUUGAAACUUGAUCCGGAUCAAACCCUAGAAGAAUCCCCAAACUAGCAGCAAACCCUUCCUAUAUUUGAAAAAUUCGAAAAAUUGAGCAACAAAGUGGCGAAUUUAAGAAAAGAACAUAUGGCACUUUGCAACGAAGUGAAAAUCAUAACUGCUGAUUCUUUUCCUGGCUCUGAAGUUUUUACUGCUCUUCAGAGCCUUGGCGAAGAACAUGAGAUUUUGAAGAAGAAGUAUCAAGAAGAAUGCCAAGCCUUGAAGAAUAGAUGCCAACUAGAGUGCUCAGAGAGAAGACGGCUGUACAAUGAAGUGAUUGAACUCAAAGGAAAUAUAAGGGUUUUUUGCAGAUGUAGACCUUUAAAUGACGAUGAGAUUGCCAAGGGUUCAACAUCAGUGGUUGAUUUUGAAUCAGCUCAAGAAAAUGAGCUAAAGAUAACAGGAUCUGAUUCGUCAAAGAAGCAAUUCAAGUUUGAUCAUAUCUUCAAACCUGAGGACAACCAAGAGGCUGUUUUUGCACAAACUUCGCCUCUAGUCGUGUCAGCACUUGAUGGAUUCAAUGUCUGUAUCUUUGCAUAUGGGCAAACUGGAACUGGGAAGACAUUUACAAUGGAAGGCACUAAUGAAAAUAGGGGAGUUAACUACCGUGCCUUGGAGGAAUUAUUCAGGGUAUCUGAAGAAAGGAGUGAUAUUAUGAAAUAUGAACUGUUUGUAAGCAUGCUGGAGGUCUACAAUGAGAAAAUAAGAGACCUCUUGGUUGAAGAUGGAAACAUUAAAAAGUUGGAGAUAAAACAAUCAGCUGAAGGAACCCAAGAAGUUCCUGGACUAUCUGAGGUGCCUGUCUACAAGACGGAUGAAGUUUGGGAACUGCUUAAGAGGGGGAGUCGUGUACGAUCUGUUGGUUCAACCAAUGCUAAUGAGCUUAGUAGCCGUUCUCACUGCUUAUUGCGAUUAACUGUUCUUGGGAAGAAUUUGGUGAAUGGACAGCAGACCAGAAGCCACCUUUGGCUUGUGGAUUUAGCAGGAAGUGAGCGAGUGGGAAAGAUUGAGGUGGAAGGUGAAAGACUGAAGGAAUCCCAGUUCAUAAAUAAAUCUCUGUCAUCUUUAGGAGAUGUAAUUUCAGCUCUUGCUUCAAAGACGGCUCACAUUCCUUACAGGAAUUCAAAGCUUACCCAUAUUCUGCAGAGUUCUCUAGGAGGUGAUUGCAAGACCCUAAUGUUCGUCCAAAUUAGCCCGAGCUCAGCAGAUCUGGGUGAAACCAUUUGCUCACUGAAUUUUGCAAGUCGUGUGAGAGGCGUUGAGCAUGGCCCUGCUCGCAAACAAACAGACACCAGUGAGCUGUUUAAGUACAAGCAGCUGGCAGAGAAAGCAAAGCACGAUGAGAAAGAAACCAAAAAGUUGCAGGAUAGUUUACAGUCCUUGCAACUACGUCUUUCUGCAAGAGAACAUAUAUGUAGAAGUCUGCAAGAGAAGGUACGAGAUCUUGAAAACCAGUUAGCAGAAGAGCGGAAAACGAGACAGAAACAGGAGAAUAGAGCUCUUGCUGUGGCUUCUUCACACUCUUCACUUUCUUCUUUAAAACAAGGUCUGAGUACAAUAUCGGAGAAAAGACCCCCGUUAGCCCCUUCUUCAAAGUUGAGGCUUCCGCUCAGAAGAAUCACUAACGUCAUGCCAGCUCAUCCGUCUCCUGCCCAAUCACAAAAACCCAAAUCCUUUAUGCCUCCACCUCAGCUCUCAAACGAGGAUAAGGAGAAUAAUACAUCAAGAGGAUCAAACAUGAAAGCGCCGUCAAGAGCCAGACGGGGAUCGUUUGCUUUAAAACCCGCUGCUCCAAUGGGAAAUCAGGUUCUGAAGCCAAAAAGACGGGCAUCCAUUGCCACCACCCUUCAUUCUGAAUCGAGUUCUAGCAGCAGCAUGAUGAUGAGCACUCCGAUCAGCGGCACAUCACGGAUGAGGAAUGAUCGAGUGGUGGGGAGGCAAUCGUUCGUGUGGGACCCACAACGAGUGUGGCGGACGACAAGGGUGCAGUCACCACAAUCGAAGGGUGGAAUGACGGUUGAGGCAACACCGGUGAGGAGCAGUAAGUUUAUGGGGAGCCCACCGGCUUCUUCCCAAGUUGUUGGUUCAUGGAAGCCGAAGCAUCCAACGGUUGUUGCUUUGCAACGGAAACAGUUGGUUUGGAGUCCAUUAAAGUACAGAGGAACGAAGGCGGUUAGAAAGUCGUUUGUGGCCUCUUGAUCUUGAUUGAUACACAUAUAUACUUUGUUCUAUUGUUUUUAACACCAUUGCGAUGUAUGCUUCUUGCUUGCUACAAAAUCUGUUUAAAUUUGGGGGUAAUGUUUUUUUACAUUUCAAAG